CCUGCCGUUAGCCGUUGUUGUAUCCUAUGCUACUGAACAGAUUUGUCGCGAUACAAACUAGCUACACACUGGCAUUAAAGCCACGAAAAGAUGCUCCUUCACGGGAUUAAAACAAUAAAACAAACAAGAAGAAGUCAGGGAAAACUUUGCCCAACUGUGCCCAAACUUUGAUAGACUACAACCCAAAUCACUUCCCUACAGUUUCGAGUGUGUUAGCAUUGUUUUAUCUCACCACUAUUGCCAUUGGACGCGUUUUUUUUUUUCUUCUUCUGGAGCAGUCCAGUCUGAUGAAUUCACCGAAAAAAGACGGAGAUAAUGAUGUGCCCGUUAAAGACCCGGUAAAAUACGGCGAAUUGGUCAUUUUGGGGUACAAUGGCUCUCUUCCAAGCGGAGACCGUGGGCGCAGAAAGAGCCGCUUCGCUCUGUACCGAAGGGCCAAGGCCAAUGGUGUCAAACCCAGCGCUGUGCACAUCCUCAACACACCACAGGACAGCAAGGCUGUGCACAGCAGGGGGCAGCACAGCAUCUCUUUCACUCUGUCCCGGAACCAGACAGUGGUGGUUGAGUACUGCCAUGACAACAACACAGACAUGUUCCAGAUCGGACGCUCCACAGAAAGCCCCAUUGACUUCGUGGUGACAGACACCUCCGGAGGGGGAAAGGAGGGGGAGGACCCCUCCAUCGCUCCCAGCACCAUCUCGCGUUUUGCCUGCAGAGUGGUGUGUGAGCGCAACCCUCCCUACACUGCACGCAUCUAUGCCGCAGGCUUUGACUCCUCCAAAAAUAUCUUCCUAGGGGAGAAAGCUACCAAAUGGAAAAACCCUGAUGGGCACAUGGAUGGCCUGACAACCAACGGGGUGCUAGUGAUGCACCCGGAGGGGUUCCCGGAGGACCCCAAGCAAGGUCUGUGGAGGGAGAUCUCUGUCUGCGGUGAUGUCUACGCCCUUCGGGAGACACGCUCUGGACCCAGCCGGGGCAAACUGGCGGAGGGAGAGAGCAGCGCAUUACGUGACGGCUCUUUGGUUGAUUUGUGCGGUGCCACCCUGCUUUGGCGCACGGGAGAGGGGCUCCUGCGUGCUCCCACCCUGCGUCACCUGGAAGCACUUCGCCAGGAGCUGAACGCAUCCCGGCCUCAGUGCCCUGUAGGCCUCAGCACACUGGCCUUCCCCAGCCUGCCACGCAGCCACAGCCUUGAAGAACGACAGCCCUGGGUCUACCUCACCUGCGGCCAUGUCCACGGACGCCACGACUGGGGCCAGAGAUCCGAGGGAGAAGACUUACCAGGAGAGGGCGACGGCUCCACGGUCCGCCGAGAAUGUCCCCUUUGCAGGAGCGUGGGUCCCUACGUGCCUCUGUGGCUGGGGUGUGAGCCCGCCGUGUACGUGGACGCCGGUGCUCCCACUCACGGUUUUGUGCCAUGCGGCCACGUCUGCUCAGAGAGGACAGCCAGGUACUGGGCUGAGACCCCGCUGCCACACGGGACGCACGCCUUCAGACCCGUCUGCCCCUUCUGCUCCACUGCCCUCAGCUCCCCCGGCUGGACACGGCUCAUCUUCCAGGGCCCUAUCGACUAGUCACCGCACCACAGCAACCACUAUCACAGUAACAGAAAGAUGCCUGAGCUUCAUUCAUGUCGCAAACGUUGCUUAGUAUUCAGUAUUGAAAGGUAAUUUGGAUUAUAAAAGCAUGUGUGUUCUACUCUCAGGGCACUCGCUCUGAGUGCACAACAAACAUUACAUUACUGACUGAAGCCUUAGGCUGAGGAUUCCUUCCCCUUAUUUCUCCUUCAAUGCUUGUUGAUUGAUUCAGGAUCUGGAGGAUAGGUGACUAAAUAACACAUAAUUGAAUAGUCAAUACUGUCAUGUGACAGUUUUCCUCUUAAAUCUAAUUGAAAUCCAGUUCUCUGUCAUGGAAGAGUCUGGUAUUUGUCAUUCUAACCAAAUACUACACCAGCUGGUCUCACUGAUUACCCAACUUUCAAAAAAAAGAAGAUUCUCAUAUUUUAUAUACACAGGAAGCUUAAUCAAUGCUGCUUCAGAAAUCAUGUAUGAAACGACAGGUAGCUUUUUUACACAGUAGAAAGGAAAUGUCUGUUUACCUGGAUCACCUGCAGCGUCUGUGUGUGUCCUUCACUCAGUGAAAAAGCAGUAUAUGCCAGUAUUGUACAGUAAUAGGGAUGUAGUAUUGCACAUCUUCACUUUGAUUACCAACUUCUCACUUCUGAUUUCCUUCUAACUAAUUUCUGAAAUGGUCGGACGUUGUGAAAUGCUGCCACUCAAUGCUUUCUUUCGUCAUUGGUUGUGCCAGCGCUCUGAUUACCAAAUUAUGUAACCCAUCUGGCCGCAACUUUUGCAACAACCCCCCUUCUCCUCUCACAUGCAGUGAAAACUUUUUCUUUUCAAGCUGCCUAAAUGACCAGCUGAUUUAUAUUCAUAGCUUCAUUCUCAGCGGACAGUAUUAACCACUUAUGGUAAAUGUGGAAGGAUACAAGGUGGGAUUGGGGGCUUGUGCUCUAAUGGAGCAUUUCAAGUUCUUAGCGAUUCAUGAAAGGGGAAAUUAUAAACCAUUUUUAUUCAGCAUAUUUUCAGUAUAUGCUGGGGUUUUUUUUUGCUGGUGUGUGUGUGAAAUCUACACACAGCAACCUCUAUAAAUGAGGCUUCUUUUGUAGUAUUUGGUUGGAAUGAAACCCUGCAGACUCUUUGAUUAGCAUUGAGGGAACAUUACAUCUAUGUAAUGUUAAUUUAAUGUAUAAUGUAAUAAACUCCCCUGUCCACACCAGAUCUCCUCCCGAUCAUCAAGCAGAUAGAGUACAAACAAGGGCUUGGAACAAAACUGGGUAAAAUCCACUUCAUAACUCUCUAAAGCAAUAAUAGCACUCCAAUAGAUAAGCUAGAUGUUUUGCUAUUUUUAGCCAAGUGUUAAGUCAGCGUUCACUUCAAACAUGGCUGAAAUGUUUCCAGGUUAAGGGCUCAACCAGAGGUGUGUUCAAUUCAGGAUUUCUUUUUAUCUCCAAGUGAGGUCUCAGACCAAUGAUCUAAGUGUGUGUGAUGCAACCAAAGCACUAGAAUUUCAAAGUGAACAACUGAGUUAGCGAUGACAUACCUGACAUACCUUUUUAUUUUAAAUCAUCUCAGACGCAUCAAGUAGCCCGAUCAUGCCGACAGAAAUCAGCGUGUUUAGGUUGCGCAGGAGCACGGCAGUCUGUAUUGUCAUAUUGUGUUAACUUGAACACACUUCUGGUUACUGAAUUAUGCUAAACAGGGUCUAUGUUAGUGUGAUGGAGUGUCAAAAGGUUUGACCUUGCAUAACCUCAAAAGAUAACCUUGUUUUUUUGUUUCAAAGAAAACUAUUUUGUUAGGAAAUGGGGAGGGAUUUAUUUGGGGGAGGUGGGAGGAAUUCUUUCAGAUGUUCAGUGUUUAAAAAAACAAAAACAAAACAACAACAACUAUUUUUCUAACUGAUAAUCGGUUUUAGUUAACUGUUGUUACUCAGUGUAAGCAAGUUCUGUAUGUUUCAGAAUAUUAUCGUAUGGUAGAUGUAGGAGAGCUUGUGAGUGAGAAAACAUUGCCAACACUGUGUCCAACACACACACUUACACACUGCUACCGUUUAAAAAAAAGAAAAAGAAAAAAAAAAAAACAUUGCCCAGACAAUGAAUGUAGCCAAAUACUCAGGCUAUAUUUAGCCUUCCCUGGUGCUCAUAUUGAAUGGUCUAUAUUGUGAUACUAUUUUUGUAACUGAAUAUUAUGGUGUAGCUUGGUGACGAUCUAGCUUGAACAAGUCCGAUAAUUUCAAUAAUAGCCUCAAGUGUGGAAGACGUAUAAUUGAUAACACACACUCACAUGAAAUUGUGUCUAGCUUGCAUGUGCUGAACGUACACAUACAGUAUGUACACUACACACACACACACACACACUUACUCGAAAACUUUGCACGGUGGAUUGCCAAACUGUUCUUCCUUCAUACUGAGAGCGUUUAUCCUCGUGAGAGGAGACAGACUAAGAUGUCUUCCGAGUCCUCAGCUGUUAAAACUGAAGCAUUUCUGUUUUUAUUUUUAUUUUUGGAAGACCUCUCAAAAAAACUUUAAAAAAAAAAGAGAGAGAGAGAGAGAGAGCCUAAAAAAAACCUCAUACUUGAUAGAUGCGUGACGUUUGUAAAUGAGACCUCUCGAAUCCCACUUUGUACUACUAUGCUAAUAUUUUCCACCAAACUAAUUCACUGCAGAAAGAUAUCCACAUCGACACUCGUUUUCAUUUUGUAUUUAGACCGAUCAAGGAAAAUAUAAAGCUGAUGAAAUAAGAUACCACUUGGAACAAAGAAGUGAUACCAUUUGAGGAAUUAAAAGAAGUCUAAAUACUAGAUUUAAACUCCCUAGUGUGGUGGAUAAUUGACGUAGUGUUGUAAUUACUGUAGCUCAGGAUUAGUGUGUAAUCUCAGAUUCUCAGCUGGCAAGGCCUGAAGGAAGGUUUCGGAACUGCAAAACGCAUAAAUAGGACAUUAGGUGUGAGGAUAUGUAUCUGAUGUAAUGGAUAAAUUUUUAGAAGGCAUACAGUAAGGUAGAUCAGCACAGAUCCAGGAUCAGUCACAUACGGGUCUUAAUAAAAAAAAAAAAAAAAAGGGGUUUAGUGAAACAGGCACAAACAGGCUAUGAAAACACCUCGAUCUGCUGCCCUUUACUAAGCACGCCAAAUCCAGUGAAUCCUGCUUUUGAAGAUAAUAUAUACAACAAUUACUGUAACACCAUUGGCAUGUGGAUGGAAGAACCGUUGCACUACCCUUUUUUUAGUUUAUAUUGUUUGUUUUAGUUUACAUUUUUCUUUACUUUUCCACCUUUAUUUUAUUCUAUAUAAUUCAAACCUUCCUGAGGUUAUAGGUGUCCAUAUGCAAUUUCCUUGUUUUUAGAUUUUAGUAUUAUUGAAAAAUUCAGAUACAGUAUCUAUUUUUGAGUGCCAUCAGGUUGUUUUUAAUGCCAUCAGUAACAUUAUUAGCUCUUCCUUUUUUUUUUUUUUUUUGUAUCAACUUUCACUCUAGAUGACAAAACCUGAACCGCCUCAACUUAUGAACUCAUCUUAUUAGGUGAGUGAGUAGCUGACACGUAAUACACAGCGUAAAAACCUCACAGUUAACAAAGCAUUCCUUUAAAAAAAAAGAAAACAAACAUCCACGUUAUGUACAGCUAUUUUGUAUUAUUUUAUAUCAUAUUCUUCUGUAAUCGUAUGGUGCACAGACAAUCGCUAUACACAUGUCAAUAAACCUGUUAAAAAGUUGAA